AUGCUCCUGUCUAUGAUUAGAAGCAUUGACAAUCCUCAACAGCACCUGAGACUUCGGAACAUGCCCAUGUGUUUGUUUGAAUCCACAUUCCCACCUAGCAGUGUUCUUCUUCCCAGGUGUGGCCACACCCAAACACAGCACUCUGGGCCCAGUUCCCAGGUGAACCGUGGACUUGGCCUAAACCAGACAUUCAUUCAGAUACUCUUAUAUCUGUGGCACACACUAUAUUUCCCUGCCUUCCUCUCCAGAGCUAUGGCAAAACACCCAAGGCUCUUCUGGCAAUUAGUGCCAGGGCACAGCCAAGCUUCCUGCCUGGAUCAGCCGUGUCUUUUGGCCAAGCCAGUAAUGGAUCUUGCAGGUGAGGUGGAAGAGAAGGGUCUGACACCGCAGAAAGACACACAGGGCCCUCCCCCUUCCGAGCUGCGUCAGGGCUCAUGCUUUGGUCGUCUUAAAUUGUGA